AUGAAAUUAGGAUAUAAUGAAAUAAUGAUAGAAUCAAAAUAUUUUAAUAACAUUGACGAUUUUAUUAAUUUAGAAAUAGGAAUUAAAAGAUUUAGAGGAAAUAUGGAACGAUUUCAUUUUAAUCCAAUUCCAUUAAAUGAAUAUUCAAGAAGAUUAUUUGCUAAUAUUGAAACACUUCAUAUUUAUAAUAAAGAAGAUGAAAUAUUUAAAGAUGGAAAAAUAUUUAAACAAGUAAUAUGGUAUUUAGUAAAUUAUUCAAUAUAUUUUAAAGAAAAAGAACAAGGAAAUAUUUAUAAAAAUAUAGAGUAUACAAAAUAUGAUAGAAAUAAAUAUGGAAAUACAAUACCAUCAGAAGUUAAAUCACUUGGAUAUAAAUGUUUUAAAGAAUGUUCAUCAUUACAAUCAAUUAAUAUACCAUCAUCAAUUAAUGAAUUAGGAUAUGAGUGUUUUGAUAGACGUUGGUCAUUAACAUCAAUUAAUAUAGAAAAUCUACAAUUUAUUAGUAAAGAAAGAAUAUUUAUGAAUGAACCACUGUUAGUUAGUAUUAAAAUACCAAAAACUCUACAAAUAAUCAAUGGAAAGAAUAUUGAAAAGAAAGACAUUAAUGAAUUUAUCAUUCCAUCUUCAAUUACUAAAUUAGGAGAUGAUUUUUUAAAGGAUGUACAUCAUUAA